UCUUAUAGUUUUUAUUGCAUGUAUUAUGUAAUGAAAGACUCAACUUUUAGCGGCUGUUCAACGGGAAUUAACUUGAACUUAAAAUUAGACUCUAACACGUCAUUAUAAGGCACUGAACUUUUCAAGAGAACUUUGUUUUGUUGAGAACUCAAUGCCCUGAAAUGCCUUUUUCAUUAUUACAGCAUAUAUUCUACAUGUACACUGAAAGCAGCUCAUAUAAUAGCUACUAUUGAAAAUGAGUGCAUAUUUUCACAGAGCUGAUACUGCUGCUUAUAUUUUAAUCAGAUUUCACAUUUUUAAUUGAAGUAAUCUCUCUUUGAAGCAAAAACACUGCUAACUGUGAGUAAGUGUGAAUUAGGGCACUUGAGCCUAGCAGUCCAUGUUUCAUCCAUCUUUCAUGCUGCUUUUCCACUACAAGGUCACAGUGAUAAAAUUAAUAUAUAUGAAGAUCUAUUGAAUGAACAGGAUUGAAGCACGCGAUGCUUCAUAAUUGCAUAGCGAAAAUGAAAGACAUUGUUAGACAGAUUCAAUUCAAUAUAAAGAAUCUUUGUGGAAUGUUGCAUGUGCUAUAUAACAGGAGAGAAGGUCACCUGUCAGAUUUCUCAGUUCUGAUCAUAUAGAUCUAGGUGGGGCUCAGUCAUGUUGUCAGAAGACAUCCUGUGCGGCACACGGCAGGUCAUCGCAGGGUUAGAAGCUCUACGGGGAGAGAACCAGAGCCUCCUGGACAGCCUACAGGAGAUCCGGCAGCACGGGCCAGCCGGUGAGGCCGGCAGUGUGGAACAUGAGAAGCAUGGUCUCAUCCAGCAGUCACUGGACAGGAUUGAGCUAGGCCUGGGGGAAGCUCAGGUGAUGGUGGCUCUGUCGGCGCACCUCAGCUCCCUGGAGGCCGAGAAGCAGAAGCUGCGGGCUCAGGUCCGCCGGCUGUGCCAGGAGAACCAGUGGCUGCGCGAUGAGCUGGCCAGCGCCCAGCAGCGGCUGCAGGAGCUGGAGCAGCAGAUGGUCACCCUGGAGGAGCAGAACCAGCACCUGCAGUUCAUGAGCAGCAUUCGAAAAUACGACCAGGAUGAGUCACCGUUGGAUGACAAAGAAACCGCCUCUUCUAAGGAAUCCCUAGAUGAUCUCUUCCCUACGGAAGAGGAGGAACAGUCACAGAUCUCCCGGCAGCACAGCAGCGCAGCCGUAGCCGCCCAGCAGGGAGGGUAUGAGAUCCCUGCCCGCUUGCGUACCCUACAUAACUUGGUGAUCCAGUACGCCUCCCAGGGCAGGUAUGAGGUGGCCGUGCCCCUGUGCAAGCAGGCUCUGGAGGACUUGGAGAAGUCCUCGGGCCAUAUCCAUCCUGACGUGGCCACCAUGCUUAACAUCCUCGCCCUGGUCUACAGGGAUCAGAAUAAGUACAAAGAGGCAGCCAACUUACUGAAUGAUGCACUGGCCAUACGGGAGAAGACCCUAGGCAUAGAUCACCCUGCAGUGGCGGCUACCCUCAACAAUCUGGCAGUUUUAUACGGCAAAAGGGGCAAGUUCAAGGAGGCGGAGCCACUGUGCAAGAGGGCACUGGAGAUCAGAGAGAAAGUGCUGGGAAUGGACCAUCCAGAUGUAGCCAAACAGCUAAACAACCUGGCCUUGCUGUGUCAGAACCAAGGAAAAUACCAAGAGGUGGAACAGUAUUACGAGCGUGCCCUGCAUAUCUACGAGAGCCGCUUGGGGCCAGAUGAUGCCAACGUGGCCAAGACCAAGAAUAACCUGGCCUCCUGUUACUUAAAGCAAGGAAAGUACCGACAAGCUGAGGCCCUUUACAAGGAGAUCCUGACCCGGGCCCAUGAGAAGGAGUUCGGAUCAGUCGAAGGGGACGGCAGCUCCAUGUGGUUCAGCACAGAAGAGGGAACCUACCGACAGGACGGACUGGGCAGCCUGAAACGCAGUGGCUCCUUCACCAAACUGCGGGAGUCCAUCCGGAGGAGCAGCGAGAAGCUGGUGCGCAAGCUGAAGGGAGUCGGGACGGAGGACGCCACUGCUCCUACUCCAGGAAUGAAAAGGGCCAAUUCCCUUAAUGUGUUGAACGUUGGCGUACGAGAGAACCAGGAUGCAGCCCAGAGUCUUAGCAGCUUGACAGACUCUCGGAACCUGAGCUCCAGCGCCCAGAGUCUGGCUCGUCGUGCGUCCCUGACUGGAACCAGAUAGUAGCCCACCUGGCAACCUUGGACCCGUAACCCUGGACCUGUGUCUGUGAGUGGCCCGCUUCCUGCUUAAGACCCACUUAUCUCCUAAACCUUCACUUGUCCCACUGGAUUAUCUGUACCAAGACACAAAAGAAUCCUGGUGAAUGGCUGUGCUGAUCCCACAGGGGCAUUGGGGACUUGUCGGAUAAAUGCAGGAUUCAGCCCCAUUUCUCAGACAAGAAGCCAGUUGUGUGGGUAAAUCUGAUUGGAUUAUUUAACACAAAUGUUAUGCAGCAAGGGAAGACUGUCUGUGGACUCACACUGGUUGAAUUUCAUGUGCUACUGGUUCACUAAACCAUGUAGGUCAAAUAACAAAAAAAAAUAAAAUAGAUGUCAGCACUGUGUGUAGGGUAGAUUCACCAGCACUGGAAAAGGGCAGUGUCUUAACACUUUUCAACCAGCCAGUUGAUUAUACUCUCUGGCUGUGACUGGUUGGUUGAAACAAAAUCUUAAUCUGGAUUUUUACUUCUUGGACAUGAACUUUCCACCUCUGCAAAUAAUUUCAUUUUACUUUUUUUUUUUUGCUCAAUUCCAUUACGUAAUCAUGACUUUAAAAACGUUAUGAAUAUGAAUGAACAUUAUUAAGUUCAGUAGUAACAAAGUAAGUGUCAUUUUAGGAAAAGUUUAACUCAAACUUUUUUAUAUUUUACACAUAUUUUGAUAUUUACAUUUUUUAAAUUAUUGUUAAAAUGACAUAAAAAGCACAAUUAUCUCAAGCCUACAAUAAUAAAAAGAAACUAGAUCCAGUUUGAUAAAUUACAUGCUUUUUGCUGUAUUCUGGUAGCGAACUAGCAGAGAAGAAAAUUAACACUGUACAAUUAACACUGUACACUGUACAAUGUUUAAAAACUGAAAGGGAGGCUGAAAAUGAAAUUUGCUUCGUCUUCAAGCAGUCUGUUUUUGAAGUUUAAAAUGAAUCCCUGCCUUAUAUUUCAAUACAAACAUUUCAGCAAUAGCUGGUUCCCUGACCACUGCACCCCUUGAAACACACUAUUGCUAUAAAACUGAAAUGACCUGGUUAGUACCUUCACUGUGGUAUUUUUAGUCACAUUGGCACUGACUCGUACAUUAAAAAUGCAGUCAUUGUGUUAAUAUUUUUCUUCAAGUGUUACGGAAUAAUGUACCAAAAGUCUCAAAGUAACAGCUCCAAUUAUUUAUUUUUAUUGUAGUAUCAAAGUCUAUUUUCGUUUGCCAUCAUCUGCAAUAUAAUUUCUGUAAAACUAACUCCUUGUCCAUGCUCGUAUCCUCAAAGCAAAUUGCUAUACAUAAUUUUUUCCCAUAGUCAUCAAAUGUGUACUAUUUAAAAAAUAUUAUGAUUUUCAGAAACAAGCUACAUUACUAAAUCAGGAUACUGAUCUUCAGUUGACUGAAUUAAUAUUGAUAGUCCCCAUAUUUUAUGAACUCCAGCUUUGUCUGAUGUAACCCUGUAGGCAGCCCCUAUGUCUAGAGCUGGUAGCAUUAGCUUACCCAGCUUUCAAAUCCACAGCCAGACAAGCUGAUUAUAUUACAAACCACGCUUUCAGCAGCUCUGUUGUGCUGGUUAAAUAUGUAGCACUUCAAGGAGCAGGAAUUCAGUUUCUGAUAACUGAUCUUAGUAAAACAUAAAAGAAGAGUCAUAUAAGUGGGAACACGUUUCAAAAUUGUAAACAUACAGGUUGCAGGUCUGUAAAACCUUGAUGUAAACACUAAGGAGAAAUGCAUCUCACUGCAGCAGUGAUCGCAACUCAAACUGCCGAUAUUGUCUUUAAACACUAAGUAGGUUCAUGGGACAAUGACUGUUCGAGUUUUAAUCAAAAUGACUACAUUAUUUUUUACUAAACAGAAGAUACUGUUAUACACCAAGUGAAUGCUUUUGCUGCCAUAAUUGUCAUAAGUACUGUCUGCUCAUAUGUCUGAUUUAGACUGGAAACUUGGUUACUGUUUAAUGUUUGCAGAGUACUUUAAUAUAAACAGUUUUAAGAUGAAAAGAUUCAUUUAAUUGCAGACAAAAUGCACUAGAGAAGUGGGUUUAGGAAAAAAGUCUUUAUCAUUUGUUACAAUGUGUUUAAGGUUGGAGCUGCCAUGUUCAACAUGUGCAAGAACAAUCUUUGAAAACUGAUACAAAAUUUUACUCUGAUUCAACUUUUUGUUCAACUAGACAAAAUUCGGUGUGUAUUACAUAAUACUCCAAAUAUCAUAUGAUUCAAAUAUGAA